ACACGCAGUACUAUACAAACAAUUGAUCACCGGUACAAUAUAUACGUCGUCAUGGCCACCGCUCCGGAUACGGCGCCUACGUUUCAUCCCACGAUAUGGGGUGACUUCUUCGUCCACCACAAUCCAGAAACAUUGCAGGUAUACUCGGUAGAAGAUUGAUCACAUUUCAAUCUACGAUGUCUGAGGAAUGCAUGAGAGACAGGUCUAGUCAACUGAAGGAGAAAGUGGUUGGGGUACUUGAGGCUUGCAGUAAUAUAGUUGAGAAACUGAACCUUGUGGACACUCUCCAACAUCUGAGCAUAGAUCAUCAUUUCAAUGAACAAAUUGUAUCCACAUUAAGAAGCACCCAUGCUUCUGAAUUCAAUAGCUCUAGCCUUCAUGAUGUUGCUCUUCGAUUCCGCUUAUUGAGACAACAUGGAUUCCGGGUAUCUCCAGAUGUAUUCAACAAGUUUAAAGAUGAAGAUGGGGUGUUCAAGGUUGACAUAAGUAACGAUCCAAGGGAACUACUAAGUUUAUACAAUGCAGCGUAUCUUUUAACUCAUGGAGAGACAGAACUUGAAGAAAUUAUUUUGCUCGCAAGGCAACACCUUGAGUCCAUGAAAAGUGACCUUCAGCACCCGUUGGCUGAGCAAGUCAAGCGUGCUCUUCACUUACCACUGCCAAGGACAUUGAAGAGAUUAGAAGUGUUGCAUUAUAUGUCAGAAUACAAGGACGAGCCAAUGCAUAAUUCAUCUAUUCUAGAAUUAGCUAAACUUGAUUUUAACCUUCUGCAACGCCUCCACUUAAAGGAGCUCAAGGAUCUCUCCAGAUGGUGGGAAGAUAUUUCUAGAGAAGUGGGGCUAACGUACUCGCGGGACCGCAUUGUUGAGUGCUACUUAUGGUCAUAUAUGGCAUACUAUGAACAAGAGUACACGCGUGCAAGAAUGAUCCUUGCCAAGAUAAUUGCAAUAAUGGCCAUGACAGAUGACACUUAUGAUGUACACGCUACUUUGAUGGAGUGUAAACAACUCAAUGAAGCUAUACAGAGAUGGGAGGAGAGCGCUAUUUCUCUUCUACCAGAAUACCUCCAGAAGUUCUACCUCAAGCUGAUAAGCACAUUUAAAGAGUUUGAGGAUGAGUUGAAACCAGAAGAGAAGUACCGUGUAUCUUUUAGCACAAAAGCGUUUCAAAUAUUAUCAAGUAACCAUCUCCAAGAAGCAGAAUGGUUCCAUAAAAAUCACAAGCCAAGAUUCAAUGAUCAAGUGAAGGUAUCUAGUAUAUGCUCUGGCGCACCAUGGGCAUGUGUUGGAUUGUUAGUUGGCAUGGGUGAAACUGCAACCAAGGAGGCACUGGAAUGGGCACUCGGUUGCACGGAUGCUGUCAGGGCUUGUGCAGUGGUGACACGUUUUAUGAAUGACCUUGCUGCAUUUAAGCAAGGAAAGAACAAAUACGAUGUGCACAGUUCAGUGGAAUGUUACAUUAGUGAGCAUGGCGUGGCAAGUGAUGUCGCCUUUGCUAAGAUAGGUUCUAUGAUCGAAGAUGCAUGGAAGACCACAAAUCAAGCACGCUUUGAGCACCCUGAGCUACUUCCCGCGAUACAACGAGUCGUGAACAUAACAACCAGCAUGAUGUUCUGGUAUGAUGACCACAAGGAUGCUUUUACCUACAGCAAUGGCCUUGAAGGGACGAUUAGACGGCUGUUUGUUGACCCUAUUCCCUUCUAGAUAAUGGCGAUGUGGUACAUGUUUGUUGGUGGUUUCAUUCACCGGCAGGAGCACCAGCACGACCUCAUUCUAAGAAAAGUUGUAUCAUGUAAUGUUUUCCAGUUGGGCUUUAUUGCUUGACUGUUGUUUUACUGAACAAUUACAAUAAAUCCUAUAAGGCUUUGUAUUAUUCAGUAGUAUUACCUCAAGUGCAACAAAAAGCACAUGUACUUUCUUACGUGUGAGAUGUAUUUUUUCAGAUUGUGUCACCUGAGGCUAUCGGUAGAUAGGGUGGAUUGGGGCGGAGUGUAUCUGUUCGGUGUUCAUACUGGAAUUCUUUAACAUAUCUCUGGUUCUGGUA